GAGAGAGGGCGAUAGAGUCCACUUUCCUCCAACUGCCCUGGGUCUCCUUCCCUCACUCUCUCCUCUUUAGCAACACCAAGAGCCCCAAACUGAACCCAGAGCAGCUUUUUCCAUCAGUUCAGUUCCCUUCCCUCCCUCUGUCUCACACACGGCAAGGAGAGAGCCCCUUCCUCCUCUUGAUUUCCCUUCGCAUGCUCAGCCUCUUGUUUCCCUUAAAGCACUAGAAAUCCCCCCUUCUUGCCCCCACUCCUCCAUGCAGACUGGGAUUGCCAUGGGAGCUUUGCAGAUUGCUGGAUUUUCCAUCCUUUUCUUUCUCCACCACCCUGGAAACACGCUGGCAAAUAAAGCCAGUCAAGAUGUUGAUGAGUGCGUGGAGGGCACUGACAACUGCCACAUCGACGCCAUCUGCCAGAACACCCCCAAGUCCUACAAGUGCAUCUGCAAGUCCGGCUACACCGGGGACGGGAAGCACUGCAAAGACGUCGACGAGUGUGAGCGGGAAGACAACGCGGGCUGUGUCCACGAGUGUGUCAACAUCCCCGGCAACUACCGCUGUACCUGCUACGAUGGCUUCCGCCUGGCACACGAUGGCCACAACUGCUUGGACCUGGACGAGUGCUCGGAGGGCAACGGCGGCUGCCAGCAGACCUGCGUCAACAUGAUGGGCAGCUACGAGUGCUUCUGCCGGGAGGGCUUCUUCCUCAGCGACAACCAGCACACCUGCAUCCAGCGCCCCGAAGAAGGAAUGAACUGCAUGAACAAGAACCAUGGCUGCGCCCACAUCUGCCGAGAGACCCCCAAGGGGGGCAUCGCCUGCGAGUGCCGCCCCGGGUUCGAGCUCACCAAGAACCAGCGCGACUGCAAACUGACCUGCAACUACGGGAACGGGGGCUGCCAGCACACCUGCGACGACACCGACCAGGGGCCCAAGUGCGGCUGCCACGUCAAGUUCCUUCUGCACUCCGACGGGGUGACGUGCAUCGGGGAGAGACACUUCCAGCAACACGUUAUCGUUGAGACGUUUUCUAAUGAGACCUGUGCUGUGAACAACGGGGGCUGUGACAGCAAGUGUCACGACGCGGCCACGGGUGUGCACUGCAGCUGCCCCAUGGGCUUCAUGCUGCAGCCCGACAGGAAGACGUGCAAAGACAUCGACGAGUGCCGGCUCAACAACGGCGGCUGCGACCACAUCUGCAGGAACACAGUGGGCAGCUUCGAGUGCAGCUGCAAGAAGGGCUACAAGCUGCUCAUCAACGAGAGGAACUGCCAAGACAUCGACGAGUGCUCCUUCGACCGGACCUGCGACCACCUCUGCAUCAACACCCCCGGCAGCUUCCAGUGCCUCUGCAACAAGGGCUACACGCUCUACGGGCUCACCCACUGCGGAGACGUGGACGAAUGCAGCAUCAACCGGGGGGGCUGCAAAUUUGGCUGCAUCAACACGCCCGGCAGCUACCAGUGUACCUGUCCCACCGGCUGCAAGCUGCACUGGAACAAAAAGGACUGUAUAGCCGGCGCGUGUCCCUCAGAGCUGGUGAAAUGCCUGCCAGGUUCAGUGCCACCGCGGGCCACCCUCACCUGCAACAAGACGGGCAAGAAGGACAGCUGUGCCCUCACCUGCGCCUCCAAGGCCCGCUUUCUGCCAGAGUCCGACAGCAGCUACACGGUGAGCUGUGGGACCCCCGUCCUGCGGCAGGGUGGCCAGCAGAGACCCGCCAACAGCAGCCAGCAGUGUCUCGAGACUGUCACUGCCCCAGUCAAGCAAAAGGCUUCCUUCAAGAUCAAGGAUGCCAAGUGCCACCUGCACCCGCGGGCCAAGGGCAAGCAGGAGGAGGCUGGGAAGGCUGGGGUGCAAGGCGGGUCGGCGCCUUGCUCCGACUGCCAGGUUGCCUUCGUCAACCUCAAGUGUGACUCGUCCAAGAAGGGGAAGGGCCGCCGGGCUCGCAACUCCUCCAACAAGGAGGUGACACGCAUCACCCUGGAGUUCGAGGCAGAGAUCAAGCCAGAGGAGAUCACAGCUGGCUGCAACCUGCAGUGCCUGCGGCAGAGGGUGGAGAAGAAGCUGAAGUCAGCCAUCAAAGCCCUGAAGAAAUCCAUCAACCAGGAGCGGUUCCUGCUGCGUUUCGCGGGGAUGGAGUACGAGGUGGCGAGGAAGCUGAGCGUGGCCCCGGAGCGGCAGGAGAGCUGUGGGCCAGGCCAGCAGCGCCUGGGUGGCAAGUGUGUUAGCUGCUCGCAGGGAACGUAUUACCACGGCCAGACGGAGCAGUGUGUCCCCUGCCCUCCCGGCACCUACCAGGAGAAGGAGGGGCAGCUCUCCUGCGACCUGUGUCCCCGCGGUGAUGCUUUCGGACCGGUGGGAGCCACCAACAUCACCGGCUGCACAGGUCAGUGUCCCCCCGGCCAGCACUCCUCCGAUGGCUUCAAGCCCUGCCAGCCGUGUCCCCGCGGGACCUACCAGCCCGAGGUGGGGCGGGCGCUCUGCUUCCCCUGCGGCGGGGGGCUGACCACCCGCCACGAGGGAGCCCUCUCCUUCCAGGACUGCGACACCAAAGUCCAGUGCUCCCCCGGGCAUUACUACAACACCAGCGUCCACCGCUGCAUCCGCUGCGCCGUGGGCACCUACCAGCCCGAUUUCCGGCAAAAUUACUGCAUCGCCUGUCCCGGCAACACCACCACCGACUUCGACGGCUCCACCUCCGUGUCCCAGUGCAAAAACCGCCAGUGCGGGGGGGAGCUGGGCGAAUACACGGGCUACAUUGAGUCCCCCAACUACCCGGGGAAUUACCCCGCCAACGUUGAGUGCACCUGGAACAUCAACCCCCCGCCCAAGCGCAAGAUCCUCAUCGUGGUGCCGGAGAUCUUCCUCCCCUCCGAGGAUGAGUGCGGCGACGUCUUGGUCAUGCGGAAAAACUCCUCCCCGUCCUCCAUCACCACCUACGAGACGUGCCAGACCUACGAGAGGCCCAUCGCCUUCACCGCCCGCUCUCGGAAACUGUGGAUCAACUUCAAAACCAGUGAAGCCAACAGCGCCCGGGGCUUCCAGAUCCCCUACGUCACCUACGACGAGGACUACGAGCAGCUGGUGGAGGACAUCGUGCGGGACGGCAGGCUCUACGCCUCCGAGAACCACCAGGAGAUCCUCAAGGACAAGAAGCUCAUCAAAGCUUUCUUCGACGUGCUGGCGCACCCCCAGAACUACUUCAAGUACACGGAGAAACACAAGGAGAUGCUGCCCCGCUCCUUCAUCAAACUCCUGCGCUCCAAAGUCUCCAGCUUCCUCCGGCCUUACAAAUAGCCCCCCCACACCCCCCCGGGCCACCCCGCAGCCAAGGAAAACCUCUUCUCCCUUCCUUCUCCUUUCCAAUUUUCUCCUUCCUCCGCUCGGCUCCGGCAGGACCGCCACCUCUCAUCACCCCGCAGACAUCCCCCCCUACCAUUUCUCCGCCGCUCCCCGCAGAGCCGUGCCCCCGGCCGGGGCGAGGGGGGAUGCUCCGGUCUCAUCCCGCCGCCAGCGAAGCCGCUCCUCUCUGCCAAAGCAGCUUCUCCUUCAGAAACCGAAGCUCUGGUCCUUUCGCCGGCCUCUGUCCCCCCUGUGACACCAGGUCUGUCCCCGUUCCUCGGGGCAUCGCUGGGGGGGUCGUUGUCCUUCCCGCCCACGGCUGCAGCCCCUCCAAGCCCUUUCGCAGGGGACGGCACGAAGGUAACCGAGUCAUUUUAUGGCAGUGCCUGGGUCGUGGGCACCGGCAUCGCUUUGCGGAGAUCGGCGGGGGGGGGAGAAUUUUAGACAAAAGCAUACUUGAUGAAAAAGAGAAUUUAAAGGAGAGAUUGACAAAGCAAAGCGCACCAGGGACCGGCAACCGCGGUGGCUCCGGUGGCCGUCGCUCCGGAGAGCCGCGCUGGCGCUGGGAGGGAAGCACAGCCAAGCCACGUUCCCGGAGAACAAUGUCUGGCUGCACGGGAGAGAACAGGGAGCGAAGGAGAAGGACUUUGCAGCCGGGUUCGGGUUUUGGUUUUUUUUUUUUUUUGCCCCCCCCUCCCCCCCCAGACACUCGUGCCAAGGAACCAGACUUUCUUACAAGCUCUGCCAAAGAGUAACUCGGAAAAGCAAGCUUUGUGAAGAGCAGGAGUAAACAUUUGUGCACUAGGAAUAUCCUCCUUUCUACCUUUUUCAUAUGUAUUAAGUGCAAUCAUUUGAGUCUUCUUUAUAUUAUUUAGAGGGAAGUUUUUGUUUUUGUUUUGUUUUCUACUAGAAACGACAAUAUUUAUACCUGCCUGAGAAAUGAGAAUGUGCGUUUGUAACAAAAAAGAAACAACCCCACCACCCACCCAAAGCAAACCCAGCCCCGGGCUGCCGCUGACCGGUGGGAUGGCGUUUUCAAGCCUUGCAACCCUUUUCUGCCACCUUUGUCCCUCAUAAAACCCCCUUUUCUGGGGGGGAGACGGUGCCUCUCCUGCUCAGCACGUGAUGGAGUGAGUUUUUGGAGGCGUCUCGGUCCGUCCGUGGAGGCGACGGACCAGCCGAGGUGACUUUGCUUUUGGGCUGAUCCUCCACAGUUUGAGGGUUUUUCAAGCCCUGUCACGAGGAAGAUGCAGAACUCGGCCCCAUCACCUGCUUGUCACAAAGAGUUUUGCUUCCCUGCAGGGACCUGGGGACAAGCCAAGACCUGGGGGAGAGCCAGGAGAACCCCCGGGGCAGGGUCCAAGGGGUCACGCUGGCAGAAGAGUGGAGCUGCCCCUGUGUUCAGCCCCGAAAUCUCUCCCCCCAGGUAUGGAGGUCUGCGCCCUCCCCAGCUCUGGGGAGGCUUCGUGCUUCUAAAUCCCUUCAGGUCUUUUUGGCUCCAUCCCUCUCUGUGGGCUCGUCCUGCUGGGAUGCUGUGGGAACCCCUCCCCAGGGAGCAGAUCCUGGGGGGGACCCUGUCCUGCCACCCCCCUUACCCCCAGCUUCACAGACAGGCACGGCUGGGGACGAUGGUGGACAUCACCGAUGGGUUUGUCCCCUGGGAUCUCCACGCAGCUGGACAGGACCCCUGGGGACAGGCGGCUGCUGCCGCUGGUCACCCCUCUUCCUCCUCCCCAAACCUUCCUCCCUUUCCAGCCCUGCAACCCCCUCUCGGCCGUCACCUCCCCACACCUUCAUCCCCAUCUUCAUCCUCUCAAAGACCUGGAGCUGGCAGGACUAGACGUGGUUGACUUUCCUACCAGCUUUCCCAUUGGCAGGUCCCCUCCCGGCUCGUCUCUCGCUGUCCCCUUGACCACAUCUAGGGCCAGCCCUGCUCUUGAUGAACCAAUUAUUUAUUUCUCUGCACAUUCCCCCCCCUCCCUGGGUAAAUCCUUGCUGAAACCGGGUGGCAGCCGCUUGCCCACCUUUUCCCUCCUCCAUCCAAUGCCCCGAGAGCUGCUUCUGGGCUCCACUGGGGGUUUGGGGCUGGGCGAGCGCCGGCAAAACGGGGCCGAGUUUUGUCCCUGAGAUUUGUGGGUUGGAAAAGUCUGUCCUGAUUCAUCCCAGCUGUGGGUUUCCCCCUCCUGCCGCCCUGUUUUUUGGAAG